CUUGAGACUGACGAAAAAGAAGUCGAACAAGCCAGUCCAGUAGGUCUUCCUGUAUUGAUAUCUCAUGAUAUCAAAUGUUUUUUGAAGAAGUUAGUUUUUCGUCAAUGAUCAAUUAGCAUGAUAGUAGAAAAAUUAUACGUAUAAAUGCGUACAAAUGCUUCUCAACAACACACCCUAAAAUAACCUAUUCUCUCUCAUUUGUCAUACUUGAACCUGCUACAACGAACUACAAUUUGACUUACUUCUGUUGUCACCCUCCAUGAACGAAACUUCUUUCAAAAAAAUGAACUACAGUGAUCCUGAUCAUCAACAUGGGCGAGGUCUCUCCCAUCAAGCGCCAUCAGUCGGAACUGUCACCUCCGACUUGUUGACCUUCGAGACCCUGCUAGUAAGCGUUGUUGCUGUGCUCUUCGUGCUCACCUACCUCCCGCAAACAGGUGGCCUGUCCGUUGGAAGCCGCAACAAGAUCAAGAAGCCACAUCUUCCAGUGGGACACAAUAAAAGGACUACAACUUCUAGUUCACGAGGUGGACUACAACAGCAUGAUAGUGAUACAGCACCACGUGGGAGACGUACUAGUCAUGUUGGAGGACAUCAUAAUACAGACACAGCAGUAAACGGUCCUAGUGGAGGGCAAGAUCAUGAUACAGUAGUACUAAAUGGUACUAACAAGAGGAACCCCACCUCCUCCGGAAGUGUCAAGAGUGUCCAAGGCCAGAGUCCGCAAGUGCGCUUAUCCUCUUUGAGAUUGACCGAUCGCAGAAGUGUCGACGACGACGAUGAUGAUUCAAAUGACGACGCGGAAUCGUCAGUUAUGCUACGUCUACAUCGUUUGGUUACCCUAAAAAACCCUGUGGGAUAGAGAAUUCGAGUCAUCGGGAGUUGGCUCUUGGAGAACUACUGAACAAGGAUCCUGAUCUUCAUCUUGUAACUUGUGUUUGCCUGUAUCAGUAACUUCUUUGGCUUCUAAUACCAAUGAUGAGAGCAGUGGUGCGUCUUCCGCCAGUACGUCUCUCGAUGGCGCAUCGCGAGGUGAGGAGCUCCUGCUACUCAUUGAUUACGGGCACCGCUAUCCCAUCUUUUGGAACAUCUCAGCUUAGCCAUGCAAUUCUACUGCGAAGUUGUAAGUAGCUGAGAGGGGCACUAAGAAGUGUAAAAGAUGGGCUCUCACUCUCAGGACCUCUAAAUUGAUUUCGAUUCAGAGAUUCGGGUUGGUGGGUGUAAAACUAUGGCAGGGAGAAUGCACUUCGAGGCAGAGCUUCUUCAAGACGGACAAAGCAUCUGCACCGUCUGGAAAUCAUACCAUCAAUGGCGAAAACUUUGGAGUACUGUUCGUGUUAUUUGUGCUGACUUUGAUAUAAUUCUUGUUGUGAUCAUUGUUGGUGUCUAUUCGAAGCACGAUUCUAGAACAACAAGCAAGUAACGGAACUGUUGAUGAUAGGAUAUUACUCAUCUAGGUCUAUGAAUCAAUCACGACUCUAGUUUCAAUACCUUUAUUUUCUCUCCACGACUAGAGGUACAACUGGGAGCAAGCGGCAUUGCAGUUUCUUGCGGCGAAAAUUUUUUUCGUCAAAGGAGAGCAAAAUAACCCAGCGUCGUGCGUGCCUUGAAGGUUUUGCAAGUGAUUUGCGUGCUAAUGACAGAAAUCUGAAUCUGGUAGCGGCUUUUUUCGGGUGCAAUAAUGUCAGGACGAACAGCGUCGGCCGGUUCGAGGCAGUUCUGAAACAAGUUAAGCAUCGGACUAAUGGUGGCCAUUUCGGAUGGCAUAGUCGUGAAAAAGUGCAACGUGUUCCACGUCCUCUAAUCAAGGGAAGCAACAGAGCAAGGCAAAAAUCCCAAAGUCGUCCCCUGAGAAAUUGCUACUGACAGCUGACGAGGAUGGAGAGCAAGGUCAUUACAACUCUAGCAUUCAGGGACAACCGGAAAUAGACAGAGAGUCGGGAUUUCAUCUUUUGGGGAAAUGCUUCGUCUAGAACAAUCGCUCGGAUAAAGUUGUCAAUCAAGUGUGACCAACGAAGCACGCUUUUCGCAAAAUCCCAAUGAAGAUACUGGCCUCUGAAGAUUCAACUUUUAUAUAUAUUUUUAGUGGAUCAUGUUCAUGAUUUCCAGACGCUCAAAAUAUUCUUCAUAGGUGUUCGUGUCGGUAUUUGUAGUUUACCUUGUGCUUAGUGGAGUCCGUACUCGUUAAACAACUCUAACUGAUUCAAUAGCGCUCUGUCGAAUUUGUGUCACAAUCUAUCAGGGGACAGCCUGUGUCAAAUUUGUGUCACAAUCUAUCAGGCGACAGCAAGAAAAUGCCGUCCGCAGGACAGAUUCCAGAAGAUUUUCAGAACGGCUGCGACCAUGAGGUGGUCGUAUCCGAUAGCGCGAUGGAUGAGAAAAUUGCGAAGCACUAUAAAAAAGGCGGCAUGUUUGGUGCCAUCGCGGGCGCCUUCGGCGACAAGAAAACGAUGUACUGCCACCACAUCACCAAGGAUGGUAUCAUAUCUGUAUGACUGAUAGUACUGAUUUUAUGCUUGUUGUUCCUCUUGUGCAUGUCUGCUGAGAGUCACGCGCGGGCCGCUCAAUAUUGGGGAAGGUGGACGCGUGGCGAAACUGGCCGCGUCUGAAGGAUGUCAGGCGCCCUGCAUGCCAUACGCUUACGGCACGAGCAGAGUGCCGGGCCCGACACCCCUCCCCCUCCAACUGCUUCGUUCCCAGACAUUGUCCGGGCCGCGUGUCCUCUCCUUGUGGUACCCUCUCCCUCAACCGAUAGUGGACAGCGAAAGGCCGACAGUGCGGCAAUACAAACAAAGGGAAGGGCGAAGCAUGUUCCCGCAAGGUCUUGGAAGUGACGCGCGUGGGGACGGGUGGAAGGGUGGGAGCGCAAAGUGGGCGCAGGGAUUGCCAACCUUCUUUAGGAAAUUUACGCGAUACAGACAAGGAUAAGGUAGCAGAGUGACGCGCCGCCAGGAGCAGUCGGGGCAUCGACUUGAGAUUCCCCGCAGUGCCGGGGCACAUCGCGGCUGCUUAAGAGGUGCCUACUUUUUACCGCGUAAGCGCCCAGCUUCGCCGCUUAAUCGCUUCCACGGGUCUGCCGGCGGGUUGGUGGGUUUCUUUGGAUCUUAGUCGCAGGGCUGCAAAUAGGUCACGGUUUGCAAUCUCAGGCGCCACCAAAUGCCAGCAAAAAACACGCGUGCGCAUCACCUUAGAGCCCGGCUGAGGUCGGGCUCAGCACUUCGGCCAGGAGUGCGGGGGCGUUGAGCGACGUCCCAGCGCGGGGCCUUCUGGCUCUGUUUGUGCAGAAGAGGUGAAAGGCAGACGGCCACCCAUAUGCGGGCGCAGAUGUCACCCCCUUCACAGGGGAAGCGUUUGCUCUUCGGUUCGAGCCAGCUGAGCUCGAAGAUCCGCACUCUCGUGCUGAUUUGCAUGGCGAAGCCUGGCCUGUGGGUAAGAGAAAGCGACCUGAAGGAAAACGCUAGGAGAGUGCGGGAGGGGCGCGGGGGUGCAAUAGAGGGGAGGGCUUUGGCUUAUGUUAUGCCAUGGCGUCGCGCUAACCAGACGGACGGGGCCGGCGGGUGGUCUCGCUUGGGGGUGGGGGUGUGUGUUACUGGACGCCGAUGCUGUGGCCAGUGGGAUGAAGCUGGGUGAACUCGUGGAUAAAGACGCGAAGCCCGUCGCGCUGGAGGAGGAAUUAAGCGCGCUGCGGGUUGUCAUCGCGGAAAAUGGUGAGGAUUGCGGCAGCAAGCGGGGGCCUUCUUGGUAUUGUGAUGGUGAGGUGGCCAGCUGCUGUAGUAGAUACACCUCGCUCCGCGACCAUUGCCGCCAGCCGUUGCGGCUAUGCUAAGGAUCUGAUCGCGCGCGGCUUCUUCUUACCUCCGCUGCUCUUACCUUACCAGGCGCCGGCAACAUGGGCGGGCCAAUAGUGUGCCCCCCAGCUGCGGCGGCAAUAUGAGACGCGCUCGCGCGCGCGCCUACGUACUAUGAGGUGGGUGAGGGAGGGGGCGUGCAAAUUUUAAGUCGGUCGCUCCUACUUCUGGCAUUUCUGACGGUGGAACUGGUUGGCUUGGUUGCAGUUUAAACCGGGCGGAAAACCAACCCAACGCCGGGCCUCAUACUUAUUCGCCUGCCGGGGGUCUCUGGGCGGAGUGAGUGGGCCCGGCUGGAGCUGAGUGCGCAGUGCUCGGAGAUGGAAACGAACCGCGGCGCGCGCUCUGCGUGUUUGUGUGUGUCUUCGUUUUGCGGGGGUUUUUUGUUAUCGUGCCACUUGCAUCGAUGAUGCCGGGGGGUGAAGUUGUUGGCGUAUUCUAUUGCCCGCUGCCCCCGCUGAUAGUCAAGCCAGAACGCUUAGCGCUCCAGCGUUGUCCGCCUGAUUUCGUUGAGACUUACUUUGGCCUGGGCAUAUACUUCGUUGAGACUUCUACUAUACUUCCAACAUCUACACUUGGUUCAUUCUAGCAUCAACAGGUCUUUUCGCCACCAAGGCUGCGGCUGGUCGCGUUUUUACGUCUGAGGACGAGAUCUGGCAGUUUCUGGGGAAGUGUAACAAAUGUACCGGCCGUUUCUCCCUGAAAGAUUGGCAAACGAAGACCUUAGGUUGUGGUGGGGUCGUCGAGAAAGACCACGAUAACACCUGCAAUAAGGAAACUUGUUUGUUUAUUGCCAACGGUUUCGCAUGUCCAACGCCAAAAUGGGCACAUAAGUAAUCUAGAUGAAGUGGAUCUAAUGUAAGUGUCCGAUUGAUUAGAUGAGAACUAGAGCUACUUAUGUCAGUUUGUAAUGCAAGAAGAUUGAAGAUGUAUUGAAGUACAACCUACUCCCGAGUACGAAGACGUCUAAACUACUGACUCAUUCAUACAGCAUGAUGUACUAAAAAAACUAGAUGAACUAAACCUUGGAUGAACUCAUGAGAAAGGACGUAAAUUGUUUGUUAGGCAUGAUGAACAGACUUUUUUAUGAAGCAUCAGCAAUCUAUGUGUAAAAAAGGUUUGAGCACUCAUAUUCUUUGUUUCGUUUUGAUUAUUUGCUGCAACCUAAAAACAAAUGUGUUUAUGAUCAACAUUCGGCAAUCAUUGUAAGUUUGUAUAGGAGCUUUGACAAGACGAACCUCAACAACGGACUAUCCACUAUCUCAUAUGCGCCUCAACAUAGUCAUCGUCCUACUUUGCAUGCACAGGAGCCCAAGUCGGUGUUAUCAACAGCAACAUAUUCUUUGUCAUCAAGACAUGCUGGAUCAACUGGUACUAUCAUCAUGCUAGUAAUACUGGAAGAUUGACCACAACAUCAUACUGACCUUAUCAAGAAAUUGGUGUAAUGCCACACCUUGCAGAAAAAAAGAUACAACAACCUACUACUUCUGCUGGCGGGUAAGGAGCCAGCAUACUAUUUAUGUUGGCCAGGAGCUACGAUGGGGCUGCUAGUCGAAGGCAAUCUUGCUUUCGCAACUGUGUUUCUGCCUUUUGCGUACCCGUGGACUGGUGUCAGAGCAUCUUCAUCUUGUUUAGACCCACGCGUCCAUCUACCGUGUACAUUCAUCUGGCCAGUGCAAG